AUGGUUGUUAGAGAAGAUGAUUUGCAUGAACUACCUUUUAAGGAAUUUAGAUUUGUUGAAUUUCCAAAUGUUGUUGCUGGCAAUUUUGUGUCUGGCCUGCUGGUUGAUAUUAUUGGGGUCGUUGAUCAAGUGGUCUUUCGGCAUGUUUCAUCGAAAAAUACCAGGGUUGUUUUUAGAAUGAAGGAUUUGAGUGGUGAAAUUUUGUCUUGCACACUUUGGGAGCAUUACUGUGCUCAGUUCCUAUCCUAUUUGAAUGAACGUGGGGAUGAUGGGCCGAUGGUUGUUAUAUUGACGCAUGCCAGAAUAAAAGAUGCACAGGGAAGUUAUCCAACUUCAGUGAGCAAUUCCUUCAAGGCGUCAAAACUAUUGAUUAAUGAUCCUAUAUUAGAAAUUCAGGAAUUUAAAGAGAGGCUUUUAGAUUUAGGUGUUGAGGUGAGUCGAGUUUUGCUACCUGGUGAUCAAGCAAGCUCACAAGUUUCAGGGGGAAGUCAGCUAUCAUCAAAGGAUUCGUUUCUUUCAAAGGCUGAAGCCAAAACUAUUUUAGAAAUCAAUGCCAUUUCUGAGGAUGUUGUUUGUGUUACCAUGGGGACUAUUAGCAAAAUAGUCAUGGAUAACCAUUCAUGGUGUUAUCCAGCCUGUGCUCAAUGUCAUAGGAAAACUGACAUCCAAACAGGAUCAUUCACAUGUGGAUGUGGCAAGGAUAAUGAUCAUCCUGUUCUAAGGUAUAGAGUUGAGGUCAUGGUUACACAAAACAAUGAGAGUGGCAAAUUUUUGCUUUGGGACCGUGAAUGUGCUGAAUUGAUUGGCCAAACAGCUGAUGGUGUGAAUAGGGUCAAGAUUGAAGAUGGUGAUCUUGAUUUGAAUGCUUCCCCUCAAGCACUUGACAAAUUGUUGGGUCAUGUGCUUGCUUUUAAGGUCAGGAUUCAAUCAAGAUUCAAAAAUGUAAUUGUACUUAAAUACUCAAAAGAACUUAAAUACUCAAAAGACCAGGAUUUGAUCAAUGUUGUUCUGGAGAUGCUGCCUGAUAGUGAGGCAUGUUCUAAAAUAGAUCCUUCCAAUGUUGAUUGCAAUGAUGCUACGCAUGUUGAAUGUCAAUUUCUGUCUGCCACAACUGACCAUGAUCCGGUUGCGGGAUUGCCUUUAACACCCAAAAAGCGGAUGUCAUCUGAUGAAGCCGAUGAUGAGUUAGGGAGCUCUCAAAUUUCGCCAGCCCAGCUAUCGUCUAACAAAUUAACAAGACAUUCUCAUAGGAGCUAA